CCUACCGGUGCAGCAAUGGCCUUCUCUGGUGCAGCAAUGGCAUCGCUCGGCGGCCUCUCCUUCCUCCUCCUCCCCCUGCUCUUCGUCGUCUCCCAUGCAGCCACCUUCGACAUCGUCAACCAAUGCUCCUUCACUGUCUGGGCCGCCGCCGUCCCCGGGGGUGGCCGCCAGCUCGACCCGAGCCAGACCUGGACCAUCAACGUCAAUCCCGGCACCACAGGCGGCCGCGUCUGGGCCCGCACCGACUGCUCCUUCGAUGGAAGCGGCAGCGGUAGCUGCCAGACAGGCGACUGCGGCGGCCUCCUGGAGUGCCAAGCCUACGGCACGCCGCCCAAUACGCUGGCCGAGUUCGCCCUCAACCAGUUCCAGAACAUGGACUUCAUCGACAUCUCCCUCGUCGACGGCUUCAACGUGCCCAUGGACUUCAGCCCCACCUCGGGGGACUGCCGGGGCGUACGGUGCUCCGCCGACAUCAACGGGCAGUGCCCCGCGGAGCUGAGGGCGCCGGGCGGCUGCAACAACCCUUGCACCGUGUUCAAAACUGAUGAGUACUGCUGCACCUCCGGCAGCUGCGGACCGACAAACUACUCCAUGUUCUUCAAGAACAACUGCCCCGAUGCUUACAGCUACCCCAAGGACGACGCAACCAGCACCUUCACCUGCCCCGGCGGGACUAAUUACAGGGUUGUCUUCUGCCCUUAAUUAUCACGUGGGAGGAGAAGGAGGUGACGGCGGACGUACAAAGAAUCUACUCGUAGAUAAAAGAAUAAUAAGCCAAUUACCCAGUAAUAACAACGAAUAAGAGGGUGUCUGUGUUGACAUCCGAAUUGAUGAGUGCUUUGUUGCACAAGUGAUAUAUCUCAUAUCCCUAUGUUGUACGUCAUUUGAUGUUAUGAAAGUUUCUAUAGAAGUCGACAAUAGGAUCUCUUGUUGGCAUCAAACUCGAGAAAAAAAUACUAUCACAACAUUUUGAUCUUGUCA